AUGGAAGAUCGUAUUCCUACUCUAGCCUCAAAUUCUCUCCCGAUUUUCUGUAUGGUCUGGAAUGUUCAGGGAGCGGGAAGUAAAGCCUUUUUGAUUGCUCUGAAAGAGCUUGUUAAAGUUCAUAAACCAAACAUUAUUGCCUUGGUGGAGACACACAUGGGUGGUAACCAUGCGGAAAAGAUUGCAAACUUACUACAUUACUCUGGGCACACGCGUGUUGAUGCUCAGGGUUUCAGUGGGGGGAUUUGGAUUUUCUGGCAACCCGAACUAGUUACUAUGGAGCCUAUACUAAAACAUGAUCAAUUUAUAACAAUGGAUAUUAAACGGGUUGGGGGAGAACCCUGGUAUUUUACUGCUAUAUAUGCGAGCCCCGAUCCUACAAAACGAACUGAACUGUGGCAACACCUUAGAGAUUUUGCUACCAAUAAUAAUAAACCGUGGCUCCUUGCGGGUGACUUUAACGACACGCGGUUCACAUGGGAAAGGAGCUCAAGCUGCGCAGAAACCUCACGAAGGACUGCCAGGUUUAAUGAAUGGGUGGAGGAGAUGGGUUUGUUAGAAGUUGAGUUCUCGGGGCCUAGUCACACUUGGGCCCGUGGAAAUUCUCUUGAGACUAGAACAAGCGCUCGACUUGACCGAGCCUUAUGUAAUGGAGAAUGGAGUCUAAAAUUUGCUAAUGCCGCUCUUAAGAACCUUCCAGCAAUUCAAUCUGAUCAUUGUCCGUUGUUGAUUUCUCCCAAUGGUUUUGUUCCAAUUUCGAACACCAACUGCCCCUUUCGUUUCCAGGCGGCUUGGUUAUCACAUGAACAGUUCAGUGAGUUUAUGGAACACAAUUGGGAUAAAACUGCACCACUUGUUUCCCACCUUGCGGUUAUGGCUGAGAAACUUCAGGAUUGGAAUAGUUCUCAGUUUCACAAUAUUUUUAAGCAAAAAAGAAUGCUUAUGGCUAGAAUAUCGGGGGUGCAAUGCUGUCUUGCGGUGUCUCGAUCCCGAGAUCUUAUCAAACUUGAAGCAAAAUUAAGGAAAAAUCUCGAUGAGGUUCUGGCUCAAGAAGAACUACUAUGGUAUCAAAAAUCACGAGUGGAAUGGAUUCGAGAUGGGGAUAGAAACACGACCUUCUUCCACCUUAGUACAAUUGCAAGAAGGUGGUGCAAUCGUAUCUCUGCUAUUAAAGAUUCGAGAGAUGGAACUUGGUUACAUGAUAAGGAGGCAAUUAAAAAUAAUGUGGUUGCCUAUUUUAAGGACUUUUCACAGGUGACUUGGCUCCAUCGAGUGCAGACCUGCCAGUUGAUAUCUUUCCAGAAUUCUCUUCGGAGGAUUGGCGCAGCAUCUCUCGUUCUUUCACCAAGUGCGAAAUUGAGACGGUAG